AUGGCCCGAGCGGAGGUUGUCCAGACUGUGCUUUCGGCAGCGCCGCGGUUGCACUCCGCUUUGCAGCAGAAGUUCCCGGGCAAGGAGUUGCGCGUGGAGAUCUGCUCGGCCGACGACAUUCGGAUGCUGUUGCAGCAUGCAUCGAGAAUGUCGGAGAAGGAAAUGCGGCGCGCCAAGUUCCGCUUCCUUCGCGACAACGGCUGUCUCUUCAAUUACCGCUUAGAGCCUACUCUGGGAGUGUUCUAUCGAGAACAGGAUGGAGUGAUCUACCUGAUGUGGAACAGUUGCUACACAGAGGCGGGCCAAGUCAGCGUCGGCUUCCAGGGUGAGGACUGCGACGAAUCCUUCUUCGCCCGGCUGGAUCGCACGGUGACCGGAGCGCAUCAGUCCAGGCUCGGCCUUCCAUUGCGCUCGUCCGUCCUCCUGUGUGCUGACUGGUGCUACAUCGCCUGGAGCCGAGAGUUGAUGCAAGUGCCUGUGUCCGAGUGUGCAUUUUGCAUUCAAGCCUCGUUUGCCAGCAUGCCGUCGUCGGCGGCUAGGGACGCAGCCAUAGAGCUCGUGCUAUGCGAAGUUUUUGGCGGCGGAGGAGACUUCUGGCGCCUGGGGGUGCGGGUCUUUGCAACAGUGAGCGCAGGCGCCUGCUACCGCAGGAUGCUCGCCUUGGUGCAUCCGGACAAAAACAACAGCAGCCCUCGCAGCACCCAGGCGACCCGGCGCCUCCUCGAACUCUGGGAGAACUUCUCCGGCAUGUCGGACCUCUGGUGGGAGUCCAUGAUGGCGAACACGCGCCCCGGCGCCACCAACUUCGUCAGCUUCGGCAUCUUCGGCGCCUCCGCCGACUGCAAAGGCCUCUGCGCCGACUUCCUCAACGCCCCCGCCGGCGUCUUCGGGCUCUGCGCCGACUUCUUCAACGUCCCCGCCGACUGGAUCUUCGCCCCCGGCUGCAAAAAGGCACCUCCGACUGCAAAGGCUGCGUCGUCGGCAAAGGCAUCUGCGCCCCCGCCGGGUCCGGAGCCUCAGGACGACUACAUGGGGGACGAGGGCGACCCGGAGCCCGGGUGCGAGGACGGCAAGAUGGCCGGAUGGCUGCGCUACGAGCCGGCCAAUGCGUCCGAGCUCGACAGGGCCCUGAACUCCGACGCAGUGCGGCGCUUUGCGGAGUUCAACCUCUUCGAGAUCCUGCUGAGUCUGCGCCGCCGCCUGGUGAAGGUCAGCAACGGCGUCGGCCUGCUGCCGGUUUGGCAGCGUGAGAGCCGGCACCCGCCGGGCCUGCCGGGCCGUGUCUUCUGCGGCAUCGGGCGCCUGCCGCGGCCGGACGAAGUGGGCGGCAAGCGCAAGGCCGACGAGGAGAAGCGGGAGGAAUUGCAAGCCGCGCGGGCGGCACUCAUCGCCCAGCUGCCGAAGGCCAUCCAGAGGGAACUGCUUGUGCUGGAGCUGCCGGAGGCCUUGGUGGGCCGCAGCGCCUUCUCCUACCCGCGGCUCGUGAAGUACUUCUGCAGGCACGCCCUCAACGUGGUGGAGGUGGACUUGGUGAACAGCUUCUACCAGUUGCUCUCCAAAGAGAUCGAGCUUCCGGAGGUCUUGAAGAACUACGUGACCUACCGAGAGGCGACCCUCCAGGUGCUCCUGUCGGGCCUCAACUCUCACAGGGCCGACUACGAGAACAAAGCCGCGAAGGAAGCACGCCGUCGGGCGGCCAAAGCCGACGAGCGGAGGCCCUGGGCCGAGGAGGACGAGCCCGAGAUCUUGCAGCCCAGCAAGCCCCUGACCCGGCAGGAUGCAAAGGGCCUGCUCAUCGCCCUGGCUGGGCUUCGGCAUGUCGGCGAGCAAUUGGUGCUCCAAGCACCUCGGCUUCGUUCCCCGGAGCGCGGAGCCCGACCCCCUGCUGGACCUUCUCAACGAAAUCGAGAAGGCCGUGAACUCCGUGCUGAUGAAGUGCCGGGAGGGCCUCAGUCCGGAAGCGCGGGCGUGGCACAGGGCCCGCAAUCGCGGCUUGGCGUCCAUGGGGUACUCCAAGUACGCCGCCCUGGAGCGCCGCGCCCUGGAGGCCUUCAGGCGGGCUGCAGGAGACGACCUGGUGGCUUUGGAGCACGACGGGGUCGCCGUGGCGCGGGAGAGUGCCGCGCCGCCGCGGCCGCGGACUUGGGCUUGGAAGUGGCCAUCAAGGAGACGCCGGACCCCUUGCAGUACGCGGCCGAGGAGCACCCGGAGUUCAACUGGAGCCUGCAAGCGAAGCGGUCCUACCGGGAGUUUGCGCAAGUGAGGGACGCCUGCCUCGCCCACAUCUCCAUGCGGCGGGUGCGGCCCAACGGCUCCGACUUCGCGGACUUCGUGGCCUCCCUCUUGGCUCCCGUGGUGAAUGUGCCCCACGAGGACGGCGAGAAGCGCACCACCUUCGAGUUCUUCGACGGCAAGGGUUUUUGGGUUCCGAAGCACAAGGACGACAUGGGGGCCCUCAUCCGCAUCAGCUUGAAGAACCUGUCGCGGCCCGCCUACGGAGGUCCCUUCACGCCGCCGGAGCCGCUCAACGACAGCUGCUGGACCAAGAGCCUGGUGGACGAAGUCUUGGGCUUGCUUAGCGGGCACACCAUGGCUGCGCUCGACUCCGACAGGACUCGAGGAAAGGUCCUGUACUCGGACGGCGUGGUGGUGGACUUCGCCACGGGGGAGCGGAGGCAGGCGCAGCCGGGCGACCGCAUGUCGCUGCACGCCGAGGCCAGCUCGGUAGCCUGGGUGCCGCCUGUGGACACGCACCUCUUCAGCAAAGUGGAGACCUUCCUCCGGACGCGCAAGCAAACCUUGGAGGAGAACGAGGAAGGGCUUGCCGUGGUGGACGCCUUCGAGGAGCUGAAGCCCCACUCCGCCCUGCUCAGGCUCCUUCGGAAGUAUGGCUCGUGGUUGCAGGUGCUCUACAUCCUCCGCCUCUUCGCCCGGGCCAUCGUGGCUUUGGAGCGCCUGUGCGAGCUCUUCUACCUCCACGGGCCGGGAUCUUCAGGCAAGGACGUGCUCAUGCUGAUCUUGCUCCGCUUCCUGGGCUACGAGCCGCAGCACUACGGGCUCCUGGUCAGUGGCCGCUACUUCGUGGCGGGGGCCAAGAGCGGCAAAGAAUCGGCCUCCCCCCAGUUAGACCAAAUGCGGGGGAAACGGUUUAUCUGGGGGUCAGAGGUGCCUGAGCAUGAGGAUUUAGACACAGACUUUUUAAAAGCUCUGUGCGAACAAGGUGGGGCACCGCUGACGGGGAGAGGCCUCUACAGGAAUCCCCGGAGCUUUCGGCCCAUGGGCGUGUUCUGUGCCACCAGCAACUUCCCGCCGAAGGUCAAGCAGAUAGACGACGACGGCUGGGCCCGCCGAGCUCGGGAGUGGCAGACGGAGGCUCGCUUCGUGGCCAGGCCCAGCAAGAUCACGGAGCACAAGGCCGACGACUCGCUCAAGAAGAAGAUCAACGACGGCUACUUCCACGCGGAGAUGAACUUCUUCGCCCUCGGCCUCUUUAACUCCUUGUCCGAGGAGUUGAAUCCCGGCACGGAGCUCUUGCCCAAGCCUCCGCAGAUGGUCCUUUUGGAGGAGCAGAACCGCGAGAACGUGAAGACCGUGGACAAGUUCCUCGCGGAGUACUGUGAGAGGGUGUCCCAGCUGAACCACGGCUCCCCGUGGAGCGCAUUCGUGGAGGCGCUCAAGGGCUACUUGGACUGCGACCGGAAAGUGGCGCGGACCAGAUUGACCAGCGCCGGGAUCAAGAUGCACAACGCCGGCGUGAAGAACGUGCCCACGGACAACCAGGGCACUUG